AUGGAUUCGUCGCGAAUCUUCGUCAAAGGUCUGCCACCAAAUCUUAACGAGGCCGACCUGCGCAAGCACUUCGCAUCCAAGGGCCAGAUCACAGACGUCAAGCUAAUACCUCACCGAAGGAUCGGAUAUGUUGGCUAUAAGAGCCCGCAGGAGGCGGCGAGUGCGGUCGAUUAUUUCAACCGCACCUUUGUGCGCAUGUCCAAGAUAGGUGUUGAGUUGGCCAAGCCUAUAGCCGAUCCCUCCUUGCUUCGAACGAAGCAACGGAAAACGGGACGAGCUGUUGGAGGUGCCUCCGCGGCCGCUCCGGCGUCUGGUUCCACGCCUGACGCAAAGCACGAAAAUGCGAAGAAGAGAAAACGAGAUGCGCUUGACGAAUCCAACCCGAAGCUGCAGGAGUAUCUCGGCAUCAUGCAGCCCGCAAAGACAUCGGCCAACAAAAUACACGGCGUUGUGCCAAUGUUUUCAGAUGAGCCCCCGACCAAGAUGAUGGCCGCUUCUGCUGAAGGAGGGGGAUCUGAUGACGAAUAUGAGACUAUCCCGAGUUUCCAAAAGAGAACCGGACCUUUUAAGAACAGCAACGAGGGACAGGCUUCUACCGAGAAUACAGUCGGCACCUCUCGGAGGGAGGAUGUGGUAGUCGAAGGAGCGACGGGAGGACGAGCGGUAUCAGAUGUGAUGGACAUGGAUUUAACUGAAUCCAGCUCUCAUUCUACCGCCGCUGCCGCUACCGUCGCUGCCGCCGCUACGGACGACGACUGGCUGCGAUCACGGACAAACAGGCUUCUAGACUUAGUUGACGCUGAGGAUGUUGUAUCUAGUGUAGUGCCGGCCGAGAUCCUGCCAUCAACAGCACCAAGUGAGGAACAAGACGAAGCCGAGGUCGUCGACUCAACCCUCGAUGCGAGCGGGAUCGCGAACAACCAGAGCAAACCACCAAAUCCCGACGAACUUAACACGAGAAACAGCGGUGAUGACGAUUAUGAUUCAAUCCGAAGGACCUCGAGAUUAUUCGUGCGAAAUUUGCCGUACUCUGCGACAGAAGAAGAUCUGAGAUCGUACUUCGGACGAUACGGUGACGUCGAGGAGGUUCACGUGCCAAUGGACGAGGCGAACGAAAAUAACCGUGGAAUCGGCUUCGUUUUGUUUACCAGCUCCGACGACGCAGCCAAGGCGUUUCAAGCCGAUCACUCCUCUUUCCAAGGAAGAAUAUUGCAUGUGCUCCCAGCAUCGGCAAAACGUGAUCAGACUCUCGAUGAAUUUGCGCUGUCCAAACUGCCACUGAGGCAGCAAAAUCUAAUUCGGAAGAAGGCGGAGGCAGCCGUGUCGAGAUUCAACUGGAAUUCUCUCUACAUGAGUCAGGAUGCUGUCAAUGCGUCCGUUGCUAAUCGUCUAGGCAUCUCAAAGGCAGAACUCCUUGACCCCACCAGCUCUGACGCAGCUGUUAAGCAGGCAAUUGCCGAGACGUCUACGAUUCAAGAUACAAAAGCGUACCUCGUAGCUAAUGGUAUUGAUUUGCACGCCUUCAAGUCCGGGCCGCGAGGAGACGAGGCGGUCCUAGUCAAGAAUUUCCCUUACGGCACUACUAUUGAGGAAGUUAGGAGCCUCUUCGAGGAACAUGGACAGGUACUGAGAGUACUCAUGCCGCCCGCCGGUACAAUUGCCAUUGUCGAGUUUGCGCAAGCUCCUCACGGAAAGACUGCCUUCGCGAAAUUGGCGUACCGCCGAUUCAAGGAUUCCAUAUUAUUUCUUGAAAAGGCGCCCAAGCACUUAUUCACUAGUAAACACGCUACCAAGGAAUCCCAGCGUGAAGCAGCCGUGGCAACCGAAGCACCGGUUGGCGCGCAGAAAUUGUCCGUGUCGGAGCUGCUUGAAAGACAUGAUCAAGAACCUGUCGAGUUGGCCUCGCUAUUUAUCAAGAACCUCCACUGGGAUACCACGACCGCCGAGCUGGCGAACGAAUUCGCACGUCUCGAAGGGUUCAAGUCGGCUCAAGUGAAGACAAAAAAGGACCCCAAGAAGCCCGGCCAAGUGCUCAGUAUGGGAUUUGGGUUUGUCUCAUUCUCUAACAAGGCGACCGCGGAGGCAGCCCUCAAGACCAUGGACGGCCAUGUUCUCCGAGGACACGCACUCCAAGUCAGGGCGUCGCAUCGCGGGCGUGACGCAGCCGAGGAGCGCAGACAAGAAGACCAUGCGAAGAAGGCUGCGGGUCAGAGGACGAAGAUUGUGAUUAAGAACGUACCGUUCCAAGUCAACAAGAAAGACAUCCGAACGCUUCUAAGCACAUAUGGACAGCUCAAAUCAGUCCGCAUUCCUAAGAAGUUCAACUCUACCAGCAAAGGUUUCGCCUUCGCGGAGUUUGUGUCACCAAAGGAGGCCGAGUCGGCGAUGCUGGCGCUGCAGGACACUCAUUUGUUAGGACGCAGGCUUAUCCUAGAAUACGCAGAGGCCGAGGUGAUUGACCCAGAGGAGGAAAUCGCCAAAAUGCAGAAGAAAGUUGGUAGUCAAGCCAACCGUGUAGCGCUGCAACAGCUCACAGGGGGGGGCCGCAAAAAGGUGACCCUAGGAGACGACGAGGACGAAGGGGAGGUCUAA